UUCCCCCCUUAACCCCAUUCGCGAUUCACCCAAGUCCCAAUGCCCCAAGGCCCCCCAAGUCCCAAACGGGGGUCGAAUGCGCCACUGCGACACAACCGCACAACCCGGCAGUCACGGACGCACCACUGCGGCACUGCACGGCUGCACCAGAGCUGCAACGCACUUGCGCACCACCCUCCAUCAGACCGUCACCAAGACACCAACUGCCAGGCCGCCACUGCCGCACCGCGACCCGCCAGCCGCCUCCCUCAGGCUCCCUGAGUCUGGUCACUCGGUCUGCGGUUCGAGUUCAAGGGCAGCUACAGGGUUGUUUCUUCGAUGGAAGAUAUUGUUACCAAUACAAACAAAUGGCAUUAGGCGAGGAUGGUGAGGAACUUAUCUUCGAUGACGACGAAGGAGGGGAAGCGGCGGCAGGCGAGGGGAAGGCGUCGUUUCCAGUGGUGGGCACGAUACUCACGGAUCGAAAGAUCAAAUUCCAUAUCUUCAAGGAACUUAUGGCAUCUCUAUGGAGACCGAUUAAAGGUGUGUCAAUUAAGGAAAUUGGUGAAAAGAGGUAUAUCUUUACUUUUAUCACAAUUUGGAUAUGAGACGUGUGUUAGAUGAAGGUCAGAGGUUGUUUGAGAGAAAUUAUAUUUGUUGAUCCUUAAAGAGAUUAGGCCUGAGGAUAUCCCGCUAAAGAUUAGUCUGAAUGAGGUGGAAUUUUGGGUACAUGUUCAUAAUGUUGCUUAUGGUUUUAUGAAUCUAGGAUCAACUAUAUUGAAAAUUUUAUUAGUUUUGAUGAAAGCCAACUUGAUGAAAAAUAGGAGGCUUAUAUGCGGAUUAGGGUUUGUAUGGAUAUAAGGAAACCCCUGAAAAAAGGUACAACUUUGAAGAAAGGGGGAAUUGGUCAUUGGGUGGAUUUUAAGUAUGAAAAACUCCCAAAUUUUUGCUUUAUUUGUGGGAUUAUUGACCAUUCUGAUAAGUUUUGCCUAGUAGUGUAUGAGGGAGACAACACUCUCUUAGAUAAAUUUUAUGGAGUUCAUCUUAGAGCUGGAGGGAGGGGGAGACUAGUCCUACUGGAGGCAAUAAGUGGCUACUUGAAUGGUCCUCAAGUACAUAGGUAUAGGAAUACUGCAUAAAAGUGACAGUCAGGUAAUAGGAGGUCAAGGAUGGAAGGAGACUACUACUGGAACUGGAACUAGCUCCAUUAAGGAAGGAAAUUAUGUGAACUCAGGAGACACCAGGAGAGCAAAAGCGAAGAGGAACUGGGAAGAGAAAGAACGGGAGGACAGCUAGAGAGAGUAUGGCGCGUGAUAGGCCAAAAAAAUGGAGAGGAGACGAGUCUAGACCAGUAGAUCCGCCAGCAAGUCUGAUGUUGCGUGACAGGCCUUUUGCUUGGGUGGUGGUGGUGCACUUGAAGACGGAGAAGUAUAUUUACUUUAUUGCUAUUUUUGUUGUUAUUAUUUUUAAUCAGACCGUUUACUUUUAUGUUGUUUUUAUUUAUGGUUGUAAGACUCUUGCAUUACGAUUGGGAGGAUAGAAGGUCUGUUGCAUCUGUCUUUGGCUCAUGUAAGCUCAUUAAUUCUAAGUCUGGUUCGAGGAUGAUAGUUUCAUGUGGUCCUUAUAUCGUUUUAACCCCUUUCUGAAUGCUUAUGUGUGAUAUAAAUGUAUGCCCCCUCUUCCAAAAAUAAAAUUGUCCUUAU